AUGAUGGUUGUCGGAAGAGGAGCCUUUGGAGUAGUUUGCAAAGCUAAGUGGAGAGCAAAAGAUGUUGCAAUUAAAAAGAUAGAGAGUGAAUCUGAGAGGAAAGCUUUCAUUGUGGAGCUCCGGCAGUUAUCUCGUGUGAACCAUCCUAACAUUGUGAAGUUGUAUGGAGCCUGCUUAAAUCCAGUAUGUCUUGUGAUGGAAUAUGCUGAAGGAGGCUCUUUAUACAAUGUGUUGCAUGGUGCUGAACCAUUGCCUUACUACACUGCUGCCCAUGCCAUGAGUUGGUGUUUACAGUGUUCCCAAGGAGUGGCUUAUCUGCACAGCAUGCAACCCAAAGCUCUAAUUCACAGGGACCUCAAGCCUCCAAACUUGCUGCUGGUUGCAGGAGGGACAGUUCUAAAAAUCUGCGAUUUUGGUACAGCUUGUGACAUCCAGACACACAUGACCAAUAAUAAAGGGAGUGCUGCUUGGAUGGCACCUGAAGUUUUUGAAGGUAGUAAUUACAGUGAAAAGUGUGAUGUCUUCAGCUGGGGUAUUAUCCUUUGGGAAGUGAUAACACGCCGGAAACCCUUUGAUGAGAUCGGUGGCCCAGCUUUCCGAAUCAUGUGGGCUGUUCAUAAUGGUACUCGACCACCACUGAUCAAAAACUUACCUAAGCCCAUCGAGAGUCUGAUGACCCGCUGUUGGUCUAAAGAUCCUUCUCAGCGCCCUUCAAUGGAAGAAAUUGUGAAAAUAAUGACUCACUUGAUGCGGUACUUUCCAGGAGCAGAUGAGCCAUUGCAGUAUCCUUGUCAGUACUCUGAUGAAGGGCAGAGCAACUCAGCCACCAGCACAGGCUCAUUCAUGGACAUCGCUUCUACAAAUACCAGUAAUAAAAGUGAUACCAAUAUGGAACAAGUUCCUGCCACAAAUGAUACUAUUAAACGCUUAGAGUCAAAACUGUUAAAAAAUCAGGCAAAGCAACAGACUGAAUCUGGGCGGCUGAGUUUGGGUGCCUCUCGUGGGAGCAGUGUGGAGAGCUUGCCCCCGACUUCUGAGGGCAAGAGGAUGAGUGCUGACAUGUCUGAGAUAGAAGCUAGGAUCAUUGCGACCGCAGCCUAUUCCAAGCCUAAACGUGGCCACCGUAAAACCGCUUCAUUUGGCAACAUUCUGGAUGUCCCUGAGAUCGUCAUAUCAGGCAACGGGCAACCAAGGCGUAGAUCCAUCCAAGACUUGACUGUUACUGGGACAGAACCUGGUCAGGUGAGCAGUAGGUCGUCCAGUCCUAGUGUCAGAAUGAUCACUACCUCAGGAGCGACCUCGGAGAAGCCAGCUCGCAGUCAUCCAUGGACUCCUGAUGAUUCCACAGAUACAAAUGGCUCAGAUAACUCCAUCCCGAUGGCAUAUCUUACACUGGAUCACCAGCUACAGCCUCUAGCACCAUGCCCAAAUUCCAAAGAGUCCAUGGCAGUGUUUGAACAACAUUGUAAAAUGGCACAGGAAUACAUGAAAGUGCAAACUGAAAUCGCGUUGUUACUACAGAGAAAGCAAGAAUUAGUUGCAGAAUUGGACCAGGAUGAAAAGGACCAGCAAAAUACAUCUCGUCUGGUACAGGAACAUAAAAAGCUUUUAGAUGAAAACAAAAGCCUUUCUACUUAUUACCAGCAAUGCAAAAAACAACUAGAGGUCAUCAGAAGCCAACAACAGAAACGACAAGGCACUUCAUGAUUCUCUGGGACCGUUACAUUUUAAAAUAUGCAAAGACUUUUUUUUUAAGAAAAAGACAAACAAUUAUGACAAGUCAUGAGUGUUAGCUUUUUGGCGUGUUCUGAAUGCCAAAUGCCUCUAUUUGCUGCAUUUGUUAUGUCAUUUAUUUUCUUUUUAUGGUGGAUAUUCAGUCCACUGUCCUGUUGUGUAGGAUGAUAGCACCUGUGUCCUGGAAAGGCAAGUGUUCUCAGCUUCAGGCACAUGCAGUGAACGUGGCUGGAUAUGCAUGCCCCUGGUGUGAGCUAGCUGACAGGUGGGGUAUCACACUAGCUCCUGUGCACAAGAAUCAUCCUUUUCUCCAUAGUAAAAGGUGGAACCUUGAGGAUUUUCUUCUUAGAGCUCAUCUCAAAUGCUGUUUUUUCCAAAAGAUAGUAUGCAUCAACAUAACGACAGGGUAUUAUAAAUAACUGGUGGUACAUUACAGAAAUACAGGAUGUUUAAGCUGAGUUCAGAGACAGGGAUUUGUGCCAACAAUCCUGGAUCAAUCCUAAACGUAGUUCCAUCUGUUAAUAUUAAAGGUAAGCUGUGCUUAAUGAAAGCAAGUUCAGUGAUUUUUCAUUAGGCUGAGCAUCGUUUAUGAGCAAUGAAUGUGUGCUCUUUUACAGCCUGAGGAUUUUCGAAUCUGUGUAGACAGAAGCUUUUCUGUCUUUUAAUAUUAGUAUCCGAGAAAAUUGAGAGAACAUGGUCUAGCUUAAAUGAUCCUUCUUACAACAAUUACCGAAUUUUGUUAUGAUAAAUUUAAAGAAAAUUGUAAAAUAAUAGAAACAUAAAUGAUUGGCCCAGCCAAAAAGGCAUGUCUGUUUAUCAUAGCAAAUAAGCAGACAAGUCAGGAGGCCUGAGUAAGGAAGAUGAAGUGAAAAUAAACCCACUUUCUGGAGAUAUUUGGAGGAUUGAUUUCUCUAAGUCCGAUCUGGAAUGACUGCUGCCUUCCCAUGCUUUUAAGAGAAUUUCAACACUUACAAAGAAAAUAUUUAUAUUGUUAACAAUAAGUUUACUACCAACCUUCAGAAUAACUAAAAGGUAAAUAAUAAAAUACCAUUAAAGAAAAAUCCCUAAGCUCUAUUUUUUCAGUCCAUGUUACCACAUUUUGAUACCAAUCCAAGCAGAAUGUCCUUUAAAUAAGGCUGCCAUCAGUGUUGUUUUUGUAGUGUUCAUGUUUAUAAAGAGAACACUUGGGAACUGAAAGCAUGAUGGCUGCCUGUGGUCCUUAGAUGUCUAUAGUGCCCCUGCUCUGUUUUAGAUGAGCACGAGAAGCUGUCAAAACUGUUAAAUGCUGACGUGGGUAACUCCUCUUCCAUUACUUUCUCCUAUCUGAGUUUAUAACAAAUCCCUCUGUAUACACAUAAAGGUAAGGAACAGUAUAUAGUAACAUGUGCCUUUCUCAAUACCUGUUACUAGGAGGCUCCUGGGAGCUAAGAGUCUUUCACUUAAAUAAAGAUUGUCAUUCCCAAAUUCUAUCAGGUGAAAUUAAUGUUAAGCUCAUCAUUAAUAGUUGAAAUAAAUAUGACAGAGAAGAUAAGAUACCUGUAAACUGAGACAAAGACCAAGGUCUCCCUGACAUUGCUGCCUGUGUGUAUAUCUGGCACCACACUGAGAAUGUGUGGUCUCUGUUAGGCAACAUGUCAAAAGUAUCUCAAAAUAUGAAUGGUGAGUUUGGACUGUUCAUUAGAUUCUGUAUUACAUGGUUGUAACCUCAUUUCUAGCCAGAUAUUUGUUUUGCAGUAUCAUCCUCGAGCUAAAAGGAAAUUUUAUCUGCAUCAUCGUAUGCAGUCACUUGAUAAAACUAUUUAAACAGGUAAAUGGAAUAAAAUGCUAAAUUUACUCAUACCAAUGGCAAAGGACUGUUUCACAGUUGCUUGUUAUGGUCAGUUCCCUGGGGCUUCCAAUACUGUAGUGGUCCUGGACAGCCUUAAGUAAGUGCAUUGCCACACUCGGAUGUUUUUUUAAAGUUCCAACUAUGCCUAAAGAUUAAAAGGACACCAUACAUACUUGAAAUCCAUACCAGUUUACUCAAUGUCUCUAUCCAUAAAACCGCCAAAUAACCGAGGUACCAAGGAACCAGAUGUGUCUCCAGUUCUUGUUCUAAAAGUUUAUUGUUAAAAUGAUGUUCAAGAAUCAGACAGUCCUUGCACAGAAACUGCCAGCAUUUUGUUCUUGUUUCCAGGAAAGGAAGCUAAGUUUGUGUAAUGUGGAAGAAAAUCCUCCUCAGCCGUAUAACUGUGUUCAGGGUUGGAUAAAAAUCAGUUAAGAAUGUUACCCUACAUACUGAAAAGAUCUGCUUAAAGUUGUUUACAAAUGGUCACAUAUUUUUUAAAGUAACAAAAUUUUUUCCUUCAGAUUUCUGUCAUGUCCAUUUCCUGCUACAGCCAGAGAUUACAAGUGAACUUGUUUCCUCGGUGGGUGGGUGGGUGUGUGUGCGCGCGCACACACACAUGAACUCCUCACUUCAUAUGCUAGGAAAUCCUACCUUUACUCCUGUCAUUCAGAAAUUGCUUGUAAAAUGAUGUGAUACAGAAACUCUUGUGCAUAUGGUGUAACUGAAGGCAGCUUUUUCCAUUUAUUUUUGUUUCUAAUAAACUUCAGACUGUUA